GUGAAGCAUUUUAACCUCAUGUGGACUACUUUUUUGGAUAGAAAUCCUUUUGGAAAGUUACUAGACAGAAUAGCUGUGAUAGUUUCUAAAAACUUUAAACUUUCAUUUCGAAACUUGAUUGCAGUCGCCCUACAAAUCUUGGUUCCCCUAUUAUUUACGUUUUUUAUUUUCGCAGCAAAGCUUAGCUAUACACACAACAGCAUAUUUAAAAUAUAUGUUUCUCCAGAUACGGACCCGAAGAGCCAUUCCAUGCAAAACAUCCCACGCUGUAUUCCUUUUCGAACUUCACACUGCUAUACGAUGGCUUACGUUCCUUCCAUUGGGAUUGGACAUAACGUUACCUCGGGUCAAACCAAAACUUUGAACGUGUCUUAUUGGAUUGAACAAUUGGCAGUCGAGAACAAUAUUCCGGCGUCAGAAAUAAUCAGUUUUGCCAACUCUUCAGAUUUGAACGAGUUCUUGUAUGAAAAUCAAAACACCACACAAGCAGCUUUUAUAUUUGAACAAGAAAAUUUGGAUGAUAUCGCCUCUGGAAAUAUUUCUUUUAUCGUUCAAUACAAUCAAACGAAACAAUGUGACUUUCCUUCAUCUUCUUUUUGUUAUUAUCAAGAAGAGUAUUUGAUACCUAACAUGAUACGUGCCAUGAAUGAAUAUUUGAUGAAAAACCUUACUGGGAAGAAUGUGCAGCUCAACUUCUCAAGAUCCAUUUUUCCUCAUCCUGCUAUUUCAGGAGAAUUGAAUGCAUUUCGUGAAUAUGGACCUUUCUUGUUAUUUGGAGUUUACAUGUUAAACUUUGUAUUUUUCUUAGGUGAAUUAGUUAAUGAAAAAGAAUUGAAACUUCGAGAGUCAAUGAAGAUGGCAGGUUUAGGUCAAGCCAUGUAUAUGUCCACUUGGUUUGUUACUUUCUUUGUUUCAAUGCUUUUAACAAGUUUUCUGUUAAUUGCAUUUGGUGCAGCUUUUCAGUUUGAGCUUUACUUAUCCACAGCUUUUGGCAAUUACUUUUUGACUUUUUGGAUUUUUUCAAUGGCAUUGAUAUGUUGGGCGUUUCUAUUUUCUACUUUUACUCCCAAAAGUUCGCAAGUGAACUAUGUCGGCUUCGUUUUUUUCAUUGUUGGCUAUCUGAUUGCAUCUUCAUCUCCGUAUGUUUAUGGAACCGAAUCCAGUGGAAAGCCUUAUCUGAAGUCUGACUUAUUCUUCUUGCGUUAUCUGUUUGCUUUAAUUCCUAGCACAAUGUUUUAUAAAGGAGUAUAUGAUAUGGCAACAUAUGCCAUUAGUGGACAUGGUCUGACAUGGUCAGAAAGGUCUUCAUAUACGAAUACGUUUCCACUCACAACUUGUUGGGUUUGGAUGAUUUGGACAUCUAUUGUAGUUAUGGUUUUGGCAGUUUAUUUAGACAAUAUUCUUCCAAAUGAGUUUGGCUCUCGUCUUCCUUGGUACUAUCCAUUUUCUAAAUAUUAUUGGUUUGGAGGUAGAAUUGCUGCAAAACGUAGACAACACCAAAUGCAAUCGAACUUGGAGUUGAAUUCCUCCUUUGCACCAGUUGAAGAAAGUUCUGCAGAAAUUCUAUCUGAGUCAUCAAAGGAACAUAUGCAAAGAGGAAAUUUUUCAUUGGGACCAGAAAUAACCGUUGAGGAAUCUCAGUCACUGGGACAAAGUAGCCAUGAUAGGGUAGCAGAAGGUGAUAGACCAAGCUCAGAGCGAAAUUUAUCUCGUGUGUUAACUGGUGAAGGAGAGGAUGAGGACGUCAUUUUGGAAGAGCGUUCAAUAAAGAGUGGAAGAAUACGUAAUACAGCAGUUGUGGUUAUUAAUCAACUGUACAAAGAAUUUCGAACUGGAUUUCGUAAGAAAUUUGUAGCAGUGAAUGGUUUGAGUCUUGCCAUUGAUGAAGGACAUCUUUUCUGUCUGUUGGGACACAAUGGAGCGGGCAAAUCAACAACUUUUAAUAUACUCACUGGAGUAUUGAAAGCUACUUGUGGAGAUGCACUUAUUUAUUCACAUUCUGUAGCUCAUGAACAAUCAGAAAUCCGACGGAUUAUGGGCGUUUGUCCACAGGUUUGUGAAAGUUUUUUCUAUUGGAAAAGGAAAAUUGAAAAGUUUGUAUAUGGAAAGCAUGAUAUUUUAUGGAAAAGACUGACAGGUGCAGAGCAUGUAAAUCUCUUUGCUACUUUGAAAGAUAUUCCACAUUCGAAGCGUAAGGCAGAAGUGGAAUAUCGUUUGAAUCAAGUUGGACUGUUUGAAGUUGGAACUAAAUUUGCUUCGCAGUAUUCGGGUGGAAUGCAAAGACGUUUAUCUGUGGCAAUUGCUUUGACAGGUGACCCAAAAAUUGUCUUUUUAGACGAACCAACGACUGGAAUGGAUCCAGUUAGUCGUAGACAUGCAUGGGAAAUGAUCGAAGCUGCGAAAGCUGGUAGGGUUAUUGUAUUAACCACGCAUUCUAUGGAGGAAGCCGAUGUAUUGGGAGACCGUAUUGGUAUCAUGUCCAAAGGUAGAUUGAGGUGUCUUGGUACACCUCUUCAUCUCAAGAACAAGUUUGGCACUGGAUAUCGACUGGUUAUUUUAUGUAAAGAGGAAAAUGUUGUACGCAAGUUUGUGACUCGGAACAUUCCUGAGACGGAAGAAACAGAAAUGACCAAGACGCCUUCCAAUUUGAUUGUACUUACCUUUGUACUGCCGCGAGGAAUUUCUCAAAAACUAGCUGAAUUUUUUUCUUCCUUAGAGAGACAAAAGGAUGCGUUGGAAAUUUCAGAUUAUUCCAUUUCCAUGAGUAGUUUGGAGGAAGUAUUCUUAAAGGUCGCAUCUCAAGAGAAUGUAGAUGCAAUUCAAAAUACUGAUAGUCAAAAUUCUCUUUGGAAUCGUAUAAGGCGUUGGUUCAGGAAACCUUUGCCAUAAGAAUUCUCUUGAAAAGGUAUUAUUGUAUAUAUAAAGUUUGUUGAUUUUAUUCUUCAUUGAUUGGGUGCUGAAAAGAGAGAAAGAAAGAGGAUUGCAUAUCU